CCUCAUGGCACUCCUCACUCUCCCUCGAUUUUCUUCCCAUUUUCUCUCACUUUCUUCUCAUUUUCCCUUACUUUCUUCCUUCCCAAACACGCGCUCCUUCUCUCCAACUCGCCGCUAUUGCUCAAUGACGGCAACUGAUACGGCCAUUCUGUGGUUCAAGCACGACCUCCGAACUGAUGAUCAUCCAGGACUCCUCGCAGCCUCCAAAUUUCGAUCACUGAUUCCUAUUUACGUCUUCGAUCACCGUAUUCUCUCCCGUUUUUCUGAUGAAAUGCUAGAACUAGUUCUGUUCGCUGUGCAAGAUUUGAGGAAGUCGUUGCGGGAUCGUGGUUCUGAUCUAAUGAUCAGGUUCGGUAAUGCAGAGAAUGUCAUACAGCAACUUGCAACUGAGAAUGGAACAGGUCAAUGCCACUUGUGUAUUUGCGGAGCAAGAGGUGGAGUAUGAACUACGCUUCAUCAUGGAUGUUGUCAACCAGCAUUUGAAAUCAGUGGUGGUUUCUCAAGGGACUCCAAGGAUUGAACUAUGGCACACUCCCUUUUAUGAUGUAAAGGUUCUGCAAAAUCUUCCUGCGUCAUAUGAUGACUUUAAGAAACUUCGACUCCCAGUAACUACACCACUUCAGCAGCUGUCAACAUUACCUGGUGCAGCAAUGGAACUGGACUGGGGUGUGCUUCCCGUAUACGAUGAUAUAGAAGAAUUUAUGACCAACAACCAACGGAAAUUGGGAGACAAUUGGAAUUUAAUCAAGGAAACAUCAGCUGAAACCUUAUUAUGCAGAGAAAUAUUGAAGUCUAGCGAGAGCAGUGAAAGAAGUUAUAGCUUUAGACAAAUGCAGUCAAGGGAACCAAAUGUGACACGAAAUGCUGUAGGAGGUGGAACAAGCAAUGUACUGAAUGCGUUGGCUGCAUAUUUGAGAUAUUUGGAGGGAACUGCUCGUGAUGACUGGAAAGAGAUACAUGAAACAAUGCGUUCUUCUGAAAGUCGGAAUGGAGUAUCAUUUAUUGGACUAUUCGGUAGUGCCCUAUCUCUUGGCAUUAUAUCUAGAAGAAGAGUACACUAUGAAGCUAUCAAAUAUGAGAAAGAAAGGAAUGCAGGAUUCUUAUCUCCCUUUGGAUAUUCAGCUGCCACAAUUGCAGCAGCAGUUGACGCUGUGUCCUCAAAGGAGUGGUAUUGGCUUUUGGCUUUGAGAAAUCAGGUAACUAAUGACGGAAUACACUCAAGGCGGAUAUGGAGAUGGAAUGGUUUCCUUAUUGAGUAUACAGUUGCUGGUGAUGAUGGUCCAGCUGUUCUUCUUGUUCAUGGUUUUGGCGCUUUCUGGGAGCAUUACCGUGACAACAUACACAGUUUAGCUGGAGCUGGAAAUCGUGUUUGGGCUAUUACAAUGUUAGGAUUUGGCAAAUCAGAAAAGCCAAAUAUUGUAUAUACUGAGCUCUUGUGGGUUGAACUAUUGAGAGAUUUUAUUGUUGAUGUUGUGGGUGAACCAGUACACCUUGUUGGCAACUCAAUUGGUGGUUAUUUUGUUGCUAUUGUUGCUCGUAUUUGGAGUGUUUUGAUCAAAUCCAUUGUCUUGAUCAACAGUGCUGGCAAUAUCAUCCCACGAUAUACAUCCAUACCUUUGUCUAGAGAUAGACAAACUUCAGGGGCUUCUUGGUUGGGUUCUCGCGUUCUUUUAUUCUACUUGAGACUAACAAUUCAAGAUAUAGUUAAGAAAUGUUAUCCAACUAGGAUUGAAAGAGCAGAUGAUUGGCUCAUAAAUGAAAUGCUAAGAGCAUCAUAUGAUCCUGGUGUGCUCGUGGUCUUGGAAAGCAUCUUUAGCUUUAAUCUUUCCAUACCUCUUAACUUUCUUCUUGAAGAUAUCAAGGAAAAGGUUCUAAUUAUUCAGGGGAUGAAAGAUCCAAUUUCUGACUCCAAUUCCAAGGUGGCUACGCUGAAAGAACAUUGUGAUGGAGUUAUAAUUAAAGAAUUAGAUGCUGGCCAUUGUCCGCACGAUGAGGUGCCAGAACAAGUGAAUAUUAUCAUUUGUGAGUGGAUACUGGGGGUGGAAAGUAACAUUUUGGCAGGUUGCUCAGUGUAAAUAUAUAUUGGUAGUAGCAACUGUACAUAAAUAUUCCAGCAUGGUAAAUUGUACAGUGACUAUUAAUACACCAGAACUAUGUCUGUUGGCAGUUUAUUGAUAACUGGAUCCGGCAUUCAAAGUUAACACAACAGUUCACAAAACUAUAUUGUAUUAUUCCUUAACACUUAAAAAUGCGCUGUAUUGUUAAUGAAUA